AUGAUUGUGACGACCCCGGAUGAGUGGGUUGCCCUAUACAACGCCAUCAAGGAGGAGAGCUCCUGCAGCGAGGAGAAGCAUGUCUUCAUCUACGCCUCGGCCGCAGAUGCCGACUCCGUUGCCGCCCUACGCAUCCUGGAGAGGCUAUUCAAAAAUGACAUGAUACCGCAUGGGUGGUUGCCCGUCAGUCGUUACAAGGAGAUUGAGGAGGACUUUGAUGCCUGCUACCAACCUGAUGAGGAGGCAAUGCGGACAGCCAUCCUGAUCAACUGCGGGGCUGCCGAGGACGUACGGUCCUUCCUAAACCUGCAGAACCGCCCAAACGUGCGUGUGGUCAUCGUUGACUCCCAUCGACCGAUUUGCCACGCCAAUAACAUUGACAGCCCAGAGGAUUGCGUGGCGGUCCUCCUUGACGAGAGCGAGGGCCUGGACAAGGCAGAGAUCCCCCCUGCCAGCAUAGAUGACCAUGAGCUUGACUUGGACGACGACCCAGAUUCAGGGGAAGACGUGGAGGCUGGCAGCGACGAGGAACCCGAUGCUCAAAGGCAACGCCUGGAUGGCGGGACGAGCGGCCGUCAGGCACGCAGGAUGGAGGCACGCAGGGAGCGACAGCAGCGAGAGCAGUUUCGGGAAGUGUACUAUGAACAGGGUGUAUCGUAUGGCAAGCCUGCAGCAUGCAUGAUCUUUGACCUGGCGGCCCUGCUGGGACAGGAGACGAGUCACAUGCUCUGGCUGGCACUGGUGGGCCUCACUGACCACAUGGUGCACAGCAGGAUCCAUGCUGACAAAUACAAAAGCUAUUACAACCUGUAUGAGAGCCAUGUGCAGAACAUGGGUCACCUGGACGUCGCCACGGAGCGGCCUGCUGCAGAGGACGAUGGCGUUACGGUCGCAAACAUGGCCAUCAACUGCCGAAUUUUACCUCAGAGGGACUUUCGCUUUGGGCUGUUGUGGGAAUGGUCCCUGUAUGAGUCCAUGCUCUACAGCCCCUAUGUCGCCGCCCGGCUGCAAACAUACACAGAGAAAGGCAAAACCGCCCUGGAGCUCCUGCUUGCCAAGCUCGGGAUCCCCCUGCAGCAGGCUCAAAGCCCAUAUCUCUUGGACAUGAAGCCGAGGUACAAGGCGGCGCUGCCAGAAAGGCUGGCCCAGCAUGCCCCAGCGUUCAGGAUGGCAGACGAUGGAUUGAAGCGAUGCGUGAACAUUAUCGACGUGGUCCACGCCGCCACGGCACUGCUCGAGUGCGGGACCAAGAACGAGACGGCGACGCCGGGGGCCGCCGAUCAUGUGGACAAAUUCUGGCGCUGCUACCACGCACUGAGCUGGGCCCACGACCAAGGGGAGCUGCGGAAGGGGCUGGAGCUGGCAAAGCGGGUGCAGAAGGCGCUCAUCAGCGAUGGCGGGGGUGUGGUGCAGCAGAAGCUCUUCCACAACUUUCGGCACUUCCGGAUCUACGACCUGAGCAACCACAGCAUCAAUAACCAGCACCUCCUGAGUCACCCCAUGGCACUACAGAGGAUGGCUGCCUUCUUUCAAGACCAGCACUUCCACCACACCAAUCGGCGGAAGCCUGUCGUCCUGAUCGGGCCGGCGGACGCCUCCCUGCGGUGCCUCGCCGUCGGCUACGAGGCUACAGGCCGUAUGCAGGGCAACAAGCUGGGCCAUGCAUUUGCGGCGGCCACUGAGGCAGUCAAGGCGGAGGCCUGGCACGACCUCUUUGACACGACGGUCAUCCAGAUCUCAAAGCACGACGUCGACAGGUUCAAGUCGGAGCUUCUGAGACUGGCCACAGAUCUCCUGUGA